GCUUCACUGCGACCCGCUAUCUUGUCAUCUCAUUUUCCCCCUUUUUUUGCCUUCAAUUACUCUCUUGGUUUUCUUUUCUGUUCUGUUCAUUUAGUUUUUGUUCUUAUUAUUUCUUUCUGCGUCGCGUCCCCGUCUCGUCUCCGUUGGUGGCAAUUUACGGUCUACGGGGUUUUUCCCUCUCUUUCUCUCGCGCUCUCACGCUACUAAAAAUAGAAAAAAAUAGUUUUCUUGGGACUGCGGUGCCGUGAGUUUUUUUUUUUGCUUUGCUUUGCUUUGCUGCUGCGAUCGCAUCUCUGAGAGUUCGAAAAAACAGAAGAAACAGAAGAAAGGAAAAGAAAUACUUGUCGUUCUCAUUUUCGUUUUCUUUUCUUCUUUUGCCUGUAUUUGUUGUCUUCUCCUGAAUACCCGGUGUGUGUGUGUGUGCCUGUGAGUGCCCUGCGCUGACACACACGAAGUAAAGUUGUAUGUGCGUGUUUCUGUGUUUCCCUACCUGCCUUAGCUGUGUGUGCGUGUUUUGUUUUUUCCACUUUUUCUCUCCCUCUCUGUAUUCCGCCGUAUCGUCUUGCCGGUGAUAGAGAGAAAAAGAAAAAGAUCUCCAAGCAAGCGGCUAUUCGAGGGACUGCGUCGGUGCAGCGAUUAGCUCUUCUCAUAUUAUUAUUAUUAUUAUUAUUAGUAUCUUCUUUUUCUUUCUUUCUUUCUCCUUUUUCCUUUUCCGCGUUUGGUUCUGUACAACGCAAAACCACUCGCCAUCGCUGUCGUACAAUAUCGCCGAGUUGUGUCUCCUCAGCAUUCCCCUCACAUUUCUUUCCGUUUCUCCCCACACACAUCAACGACCACCACCACCAACCUCAACUACAACACAAAGGAACUUCGCAUCCCUCUCCUAGCAAAAAGAAGAAAAACAAAAAAUCAAAAGAAAAACAAACACACAAGUUAAAGCAAAAAAAAAAAGAGAAGAAAGAAAGAUGGAGCCUCGUACCGUUCCUGUAACCACCCCGAUGAUGACGUGCGAUGCCUUCACCACCGAGCGCUUCAAGGGCAAUCCGGCCGGUGUCUGCCUCGUGCCGACGCCUGUCUACUGCAUGGAGUGGUCCGCCAUGAGCAGCCUCGAGGCCAGCUUCGGCCGCGGCGAGCCGGAGCCGCUCGACAUGCAUAUGACAGAGAAGGAGCGCGAGGAGGCGGGUGAGAAGUACGCGGCGGAGCGCAACAUCAAGAUGGGCAGGUGUUUCCAGCAGGUCGCGAAGGAGAUGAACCUGUCCGAGACCGCCUUCGUCUACCGCCUGCCCGCCUCGCGCAUUCGCACCAUCCAGCAGCAGAUUAUGCGCAAGUGCAACGAAUUUGAGCACGAGUAUGAGGAGAAGGUGCGGCAGGACGAUGAGGUGCGCCGCCGGAUGAGCGCGGCAGUCACCGAGGACGACGAAAGCCCCGCCGCUUUCACGUCCAUCGCGCAGGACCAGAGCGUCAGCAUGGAGGGCACACCAGCCCCGCUCAACCCGAAGCGCUCGGGAGACGUGAGCGGCCCCCAGACGCGCUCGCCCGGCCUGCUGCCCAGCUCCAGCUUCUCGAUGGCUUACUUUGGCGCCAGCUUCCUCGAUGUCCGCGGCUCCUCGAUAGCGAACUUCGGCGGAGAGAAAGGCCGCCGCCCACGCCGCAUGCACACCCAGUGGUUUGGUCUUCGCUGGUUUACCCCAUCCAAGGAGAUGAAGCUGUGCGGUCACGCCACCUUUGCCGCGGCGCACGUCAUCUGCGAGGUCUCUCGCCUCUGCCAGUCGGAGAACACGCGCCACCUCGUCGCGAACAUCCCGAUGGAGUUCUUUGUCCCGGCGCAGACGGACGUGCUGUGCUUCGUGACCGCCUCCGGCAUCAUCAGCGUGCGCCGCAAGUCUGGUGUGACGAUGGACGGUAGCAUGUCCAUGUUAAAAUCUUACAAUUUUACCCCGGACAUCUACGAGGUGCACUUCCCCAUGACCGAGGCCGUCUCGGUGAAGGAGCAGGUGCCACCGGAGCUGUUCCAGGAGAUAGCGGACGCCCUCGGCCUCCCCUACGGCGCGGAGUGCGUGGAGGACAUCGCCUACUCGAAGGCGGCGGAGUACUACAUCGCCCGCCUCGCUAUCCCGCAGAACGUGCUAGAGUGCCGCCCCGACUCUGCGUCCCUGCAGCGCGUGUUCGCCUCCGCGCACUUCAAGGCGGCGCUGAAGGCACACCCGGAUGUGCUGGGGCCCGUCCAGGGACUCGGUGUGACGUCCUUCAACGACCGCAUGCUGAACAACGGGCCGGCGGCCGACUCCGACGUCGUCUCGCGCUUCUUUGCGCCGUGGGUCGGCGUGGACGAAGACCCGGUCACCGGCUCGCUCUACACCGCCCUCACCCCUUACUGGCUGCGCCUGCGCCAGAAGGGCCACUUCAAGGUCGGCGAUCAGCUGCAAUUCUACCAAGCCAGCAAGCGCGGCGGCUCCGUGACGGGCAUCGUUAUCGGCCGCAAGGCGGAGCGCAUUGCCUUGGUGGGUCCCGUGCUGACCUUCAUGCGCGGCACCUGCAUCUUCGAUGUGGAGGAGGAGCAGUAA